AUGACUCGUCCAGAUAUCUCUUUCUCUGUUAAUGCAGCAUGUCAACAUAUGGAGUCAUCGACAAUGCAAGAUUUUCAGAAUGUCAAACGCAUUCUUCGUUAUAUCAGUGGUACUAUUGAUUUUGGAAUUCGAAUUUUAUCUCAAAUUAAUCCUAUUUUCCAUGCUCGUAGUAAGCAUAUAGAAAUUGAUUAUCACUUUAUACGUGAGAAGGUGGCUUUUGGUCAUUUGGUCACACGGUUUGUCUCCUCUCCUCAUCAACUUGCCGAUGUAUUGACCAAGCCACUUUCUAAAUCUGGUUUUACACAAUUACGAACCAAACUCGGCAUGUGGUCUAGACAUUUGCGGGGGAGUAAUGAACAUUCUCAUCAAAAAGGAAAUGAUCAUGAUCAAGAGACGAAUUAG